AUGUCCCAGGAUUAUCUGUGCAGCCGGCAGACUAUGCUGGCCGUUGCCCUUUCUUUAGGUUAUUUCAUGUAUUUGUUCAUGGGAGCGAUGAUGUUCCAGAUUCUAGAGAAACCAGCAGAGACCAGUACGAGGGACCAGUUCCAAAUUGCAAAACUCAGUUUCCUCCAGAACUACACAUGUUUGGAUGUGAAAGCCCUUGAGCAGUUCGUACAGAUUAUAAUGGAGGCCUGGGAGAAGGGCUUGAAUCCGAAAGGAAAUGCCACCAAUCCAAGCAACUGGGACUUUAGCAACUCCUUCUUUUUUGCUGGAACCGUCAUCACAACUAUAGGUUAUGGUAAUUUAUACCCCAGCACUGUUGCCGGACAAGUCUUCUGCGUGUUCUAUGCAUUGUUUGGGAUUCCUCUCAAUGUGGCAUUUUUAAACCUUAUUGGGAAAGGGUUAAAUGGCCACCUGCUGGCACUAGGAAGAUGUGCACAAGAACCUGACGGCUCGGGGAUAAUGAAGAUAAUGAUGAUGGCGGUCUAUCUUACCACUGGCUCCCUGUUAUUCCUGGUCUUCCCUCCCAUGAUCUUCAGUUACGUGGAAGGCUGGAGCUACGGCGAGGGUUUUUACUUUGCGUUUAUCACCCUCAGCACCAUUGGAUUUGGAGAUUACGUGUUAGGAACGGACCCAAACAAGCAUUAUAUUUCCAUCUAUAGGAGCUUAGCGGCGCUCUGGAUUAUAUUUGGCCUUGCGUGGCUCGCUUUGGUUUUUAAUCUCUUGGCCAACUUGGUGGAAAAACUGAUUCAUCUCAAAACUCACAGGAACCAAACUAUAAGAGAGGACAACGCUGUGCAGAAGUGUGAAGACCACCCAGGGCAAACCAGAGUCCAGAAAUGA